AUGAAAUUCAGCAUCCUCGCCGCUUUCACCGCCAUGGUCGGUAGCACUGCCGCCGCCAACCAGGCCGUUGUCAUCAACAACUGUCCCACCACCAUCUACGUCCAAUCUUGGCCUUACAACGGAGGUUCCCCAGGACCUCUGGUUGCUCUCCACCCUGGCAAGAAGUUUGCUGAGAACAUGCGAUAUUCUGGCUCGACCGUCAAGAUCGCCACCACCAGGUCUCUCUCAAAGCCUCUGUUCUUCGGAUACUCUUCUAGCUCCAGCCCCAACUAUGUCUACUAUGAAUUCAGCACCCAAUUUGGCAACCCCUUCGCCAACAAGCACAACACUCUGAGCCCCAGCAGGAGCUGCAAGAAGUUUGACUGCCGUCCUGGACAGGCUGGCUGCUACAGCACUCCUGGUAUGAAGAAGGUCUUUGGAUGCCCUAGCCCUACUACUGUGACUGCUACUAUCUGCGCCAAGUAG